UAAACGCUCUCUAGCUGAGCAUAGUGUUUCUAAGGCUGAAAUUAAAACAUGAAGAGAAGAUUUCUUUUUACUGUUUUUCUUCUGUUCUCUUUUACCGUCCUCAUUUCCUCUUCCCAUAUAUCGGCUCGUUUCUCGGGAAACAAACAACGAGAAGAAGAGGUAGAGCUUAGUCAAAUUACAGAUAUGGAGGGCACUGAACUAAUGAAUCAGCUAAUGGGGAUGGAAGCUUGUGAUGAAGGAGACGAUGGAUGCUUGAAGAGAAGAAUAAUUGCAGAGGCUCACUUGGAUUACAUUUACACCCAGCAUCAUCAACCUUGAGAUUUUUCCAUUUAAACAACUUAAUUCCAAGUAAUCUUCCUUAUAAAUGUUUGAUUUUUAUUCUAUUAAGUGCUUGUUAUCGUUCAUAGUAUGAGUGGAAUGGUUUGAUUAAUGUUGU